AUGGCUGCUUCAAAGACAUUUCGUUCAAAUUUCAUCUCUACCGAGCUGUGGUGCGUCUCCUGGCGUGCUUUGGCACACGGACCACUUUGUAUCGAUGGCCGCCCAUUCCCUUCCAUUUUAGUAAACCCAGUCGAUCCGAGUAACCUUAAAAAUGGUUCUUCAUCAGCUGUGUUUAAAUGCCUUGCUUCCUCCUGUCACACAUCUUCAACUGCAUCACCCACAAAUAUGACUUCUUUCAAGAAAAUCCAUUCUACUCCUGGUCUUUCCGGGUCCAGCGGUACUUGUAUCCUGGCCUGUUCUGCCAAUAAAUCAGGCCUUGGAUCUUGUAAUGCCACCAUAGUUUCCGAAUUUCAAAGUGGGCAACAUUCUACCACCUCCAUCAUUAUCGCAGGCAAUAACUCCGGUGGCAGUGGCAACAGUAGCAGUGCUUCAGCUUCGCCCAUCUGUCCUGUUCCUACUCGCUCUUCUCGUUACUCAACUUCCAUGAGUGCACCGACUUCUUUCCAUAUUGUCUUCGCCUUCCAGCCUGAUCAAUUGCCUAUUCCUUUCAUCGACUCCUCUUCAGCCCCUAGAAACCAUGCUUUACUUAUCAGUCAAUCUUGGCGUUUAAUCUUUACUCUGGCCAAGCUCUCGACGUCUCGAUUAUCAGCUCCCGGUGUAGCUCCUACAGCCUCGAAAUGUCUUCCAAACCUGGCCUCUAUGGGAGAACCAGUAAUGAAGGACACCUGCUAUCAAAUAAUCGAUGUGAAACUAUCCGGUUCUGUGAGCUUCAGAAUAAUUGCAUGUGCUUUUACUUAA